AUGGCAAAAGCCGCGCCUACUGUAGCCGUUGUGGGGGCUGGUCCGUCGGGCCUGUCCAUGACCAAGACACUCAAGGAAGAUGGCUACGAUGUCACUCUCUAUGAGCGCAGGAGCAAAGUGGGAGGGCUCUGGGCGUAUUCUGACGACACAGCGCACACGAUCGCGCUGCCCAGAACGCGCGCCAACAUCAGCAAAUUCACAUGCGGAUUCAGUGACUUUCCCAUGCCAGACAAAUACCCCUUAUGGAUGACGCCUGCCGAGUUCACAGAGUUCAUGCACGAUUAUGCUGUGCACUUUGACUUUUACCAGAAUAUCGUAUUCAACACCAGCGUCAAACAGGCAUCUCGAAAUAGCGAUGACACCAAAUGGCGCCUGGAUAUCGAAACGAACGGCAAAGCCGAAACGGUCGAGUUUGACAAGAUCGUCUUUUGCCAUGGCUACCAGACCAAGGCAGCGAUCCCUACUUUCGAGGGCCAGGACAAAUUCGAGGACUUCAAGGGCAAGAGAGUUGUCGUUGUUGGACUGGGAAGCACGACAGGAGAUAUCGUGCCAGAUAUAAUGCCACAUGCCGAGAAAGUUUGGGUCUCUCACAGGAGAGGAGCGCUGCCCUUCAAACGCGUGCGCAAUGGGACGCCUGUCGACUUGAACAUCACCUGGCGAAGGCGGCAGAUGAGCCAGUUUCUUCAGCGCUAUGCCCCGGGCCUCGCCAAGUUCAUGAUUGACAAAGCAACAAACUACUUUGCCACGCGCAUGUUCAAGCUCGACCCAGCUUGGCGCCUGACCCCUGUUCCUUCCGUCCUCUUGACCCUGCCCGGCUCCUUCGAGGACAUCAUGCCAUUUCUCGCAGACGGUAGACUGACAUCGCUGCAUGGGCUGAAGCGCUUCGUAGGCCCGAAGUCUCUCGAGUUCGAUGACGGGACCGUUCUGGAUGACAUAGACGCCGUCAUCUUCUGCACGGGCUACAAGGCAGACUGGAGCGUCGCCCCAUUCGUCCAGACCAGCAAGCCCACGGCGCACAACUACAACGGGGCCCCCAUCCACCGCAUGUACAUGAACCUCUUUCCGCCUGCCUACUGGGACUCUUGCGCCAUGCUGUGCUACAGUGCCUAUGGGAAAAGUAACGGUUUCUCCUUUGCGGACGUGACGUCCCUGGCGAUCAGCAAUGUCUGGCGCGGCGUGGAGAAAUUACCUCCGCGAGAUGAAAUGGAGCAAUGGAUCGACGAACAUCAAGCGUGGGUUGCUGGGAGAUGGAAGUUAGAUCAGACUGUUGACGAGAGCAUGGUCAAGCAGUGGGAGUUUCAGGGGUGGCUCCACAAGGCCGCCGGCACGGGCAUGGAGAACCUCGGCUGGGGUUGGAAAGGCUGGAUGUUCUGGCUGAAGGACAGAAAGAUGUAUAAUCUGCUGAACAACGGGGUGGAAACUGCACACAUGUAUCGGUUCUUCGAAACGGGGAAGAGGAGGACUUGGCCCGGUGCGAGAGAGGCGAUCCUACAUAUGAAUGAAGUCGUCAAGAAUACCUUCCCGUUGAAGGAUGAGGUGGUCAAGAAGUAUGGACAGCUCUAA